GAGCAUGCAGGAUCGGUUCCAGUAGAGUGAAUGAAGAAGAGAGGAGGCGAGGGAUGCUGACAGAUUACUGAUAGAUGGUUGGAAUGACGAAAGCUUAUUCGACCCCAGUGUGCCACCGAACAGUAGCUCCGUAGGUCGGACCAUGUAGCCGAAGAUUUCUUCACCUCAUCGAUUAACUUCGCGUUGUGCAAGUGCCGGAUUAACUGAGCGUUUUAAAUGGCAUCAUCCAAGAGGCGCUGCCGCCUUGUUCAAUGUUUUUUGGGUAUCCUGCUAAGUGCUUGCAUGGGUGUGUCGUGCGAUGCGGAGCUCUCCUUCACCCUGGAGCCGAGUGACAUCAUCGCAGUGCAAGAGCAGCCCCUCAUGCUCCAUUGCCAGGUGGAUGGUAUCCCCCCUAUCACAACACAAUGGAGGCACAACAGCCUGCUUUUAACUCAAGACCAGUUUCACACCAUCUUCAUCAAUGGCUCUCUCCUCAUUGGCCACUUCCUCAAGACCAAAUCGGACAACACGUCGGAUGAAGGGGACUAUGAGUGCAUGGCCCAGAAUUCUUUUGGGCUGGUGGUGAGCCGUAAGGCGCGCGUCCAAGCAGCCACCAUGGCCGACUUCCAUGUCCAACCAGAGCCAGUGCAUGCUGAGGAGUCUGGUGUGGCCAGAUUCCAGUGCCAAAUCCAUGGCCUACCAGAACCUGUUAUUAGCUGGGAAAAAGACGGGCGUCCUGUGGACACCAAGGAUAAGAGGUACACGCUUCUCCCUACAGGUGUUCUGCAGAUUACAGGAGUACGUGAGGAGGACAGUGGAAAGUUCUUCUGUGUGGCUCAUAACAGCGCAGGAGUGAAACACAGCGCUGAGGCCCUCCUUUCUGUUUCAGGCUCCCAGUCAUCUGUUUACAAAGAACCAAUGAUCCUAGUUGGUCCAGAAAAUCUCACUCUCACUGUUCACCAAACUGCCAUUUUGGAGUGCGUGGCGACAGGAUACCCUCGGCCCAUUGUGUCUUGGAGCAGGCUAGAUGGGCGUCCCAUCGGCGUGGAGGGUAUCCAAGUACUUGGCACUGGGAACUUGAUGAUUUCCAACGUUGGCGUGCAGCACUCAGGAGUUUACGUGUGCGCUGCUAACAAACCAGGGACCCGUGUUCGCAGAACUGCUCAGGGACGUUUAGUGGUUCAAGCUCCUGCAGAGUUUAGUCAACCUCCGCAGUCGAUUGCCCGACCUGUGGGGACCACCGCUAUCUUCACCUGCCAAGCUCAGGGGGAGCCUGAGCCCCAGCUUACCUGGCUGAAGAACGGUCAGGUCUUGGAGCCUGAUGGCCACAUCAAACUCAGGAAUAACAACAGCACCCUGACGAUAUACAGCAUCAGUCAGGACGACGAGGCCAUCUACCAGUGCAUUGCUGAGAACAGCGCCGGAUCCACGCAGGCCAGUGCUCGGCUCACGGUGCUCUGGGCUGAUGGACUCCCUGGUGUGCCCACCAACGUACAGGCCAAGGCCCUCUCGCCCACCACCAUCCAGGUGUCCUGGAGGGAACCUGAUCAGAACACACAGGACAUCAUCGGUUAUGUGCUGCACAUCCGCAGGACCCCAGACCCUGUGGAAAUGGAGUACGAGGAGGCGGUCAGUAAGGUGACGCUGCAACAGAUCAUCCGCGAUCUCGAGCCUUCCACCAGUUACACCUUCUACGUCAAAGCCUACACGUCCCACGGGGCCAGCAAGCCAUCAGACAGUGCCACGGAGAGCACUCAAGGGGAAGUUCCGGCACCUCCCUCCCUCUUCGCCAAAGUUGUAAACAGCAGUGUAGUGCAAGCAAUGUGGGAAGCUUCCACCAAGAUGGGUCAACACCAGGGCUUCCGACUGUAUUACAGGAGAGCCCACGCAGCAGUGUUUACUGGUCCCAUUUUCUUACCACGCAACGCUACCCAGUACAACAUCACUCAGCUGGAUCCUUCACUGGUUUAUGAGAUAAAUCUGCUGGCAUACAACCAACACGGAGAUGGCAAUGCCACCAUGCGCUUUGUUUCACUACGAGAGGCUUUGGAGAAAUCUGUUUUAGAUGCCUCCUGUGACUGUGUGCAAGACGAACAGCAGGCCCCCCCCCAGGCGGCAAACAGCACCGCACUGGAAUACUCUUCUUCCCAGGAGGGCUCUGGCCUGAACGCAGCCACCAGAAGAGAAAUGGAGGUCAAUUGCAGUGCCGGAGGGAACAAAAUGGUUGACAGCAAGGAGCUGGUGAGACUCUUCCCUCAAGCCAACAUGCAAGAGCCACGCGUGGCUGACACAACUCUCUUGACCUUCUCGCCAAAUGACACGCAGCUGUCCACAAUACCACUGGACGACUUUACUGUUGAGCGGGAAACGGAGACACCUUUCCAUGAGUCCCCUACGACACGAACGGGUCAACACAACCAAGGCUAAUCAAUGUAUGAAAUGUCCACUCAGAAUCUCUUUCACUCAGGUUUUCUUUUGAAAGUAGUUUGCAUUUUGUGCAAAGAUUUUUAUUGGUAAGUUAAGAAGUUCUACAGAGUCUAGAACUGGUUUGGGGGGAGUUGUUUUUCGCCAGGCUUACCCGUGAAGUGUUCUUUACUCUCACUUUCUGGUCAUUUGUUGAUUUUCUGGUGUUUGGCAGCACCCAGAAGAGAGGCCCCAGAUGUCCUUGUUAUACAAAGAUGAUUUCAUUUUUUUUAAGUUUAUAAAAUGAUAUUUACAGACAUAUGCUGUGUCUUAAUCAUCUCCAUGUCAAAGUGGUUUUAAGUUACUGGUCCUAU